GUAGUCUGUGUUUCCAUUUAAUAUGCUUUCUGAGAUCUGGCGAUUCCAGUGAGUUCUAACCUAGGAUACUUUGGAUACUUUAAUGGAUUUACCUUUGCCAAUAAUAUUUUGCAAAACGCUAUGGACAUGUGGCAAAACUAUGGAAGUGAACUAUGAUGUGGUAUCCCUUCGAUAGUUUCCAUAUGAUUCGUUUUGUGAGGUGGAUCCCGAGGGUGCAGAUGUACUUUGAGCUCUGCCUCAGUGUCUGCCACCUCCCAAAGUCCAGUUAUGCGCGAAAUCAUGGAGACCUCUCUCAAGUCUUUGUUGUCGUUUGAUUUGGAGGUAACAUGCGCCCGUGAUAUUUCCGCUCUUCCUUGACUUUGCCAGAGUUCCGAUAUGGUGCCUCUUUUGUUGGUGGGCGAUGGCCAGUCAGUGCUGUUUUGGAGGGACCGGUGGAUUGGGGGACGGUCGGCCGCUGACAUUGCGCCCGGGAUAACAUUGCAUAUUUCUAACAGAAACAAGAACGCCAGAACUAUUGCUCAAGCGAUGCGUGAGAACAAGUGGAUCCGAGACAUCUCUGGUACGCUUGCCACGAGAGGCGCACGAGUGUGUGUGGCGCUGUGGAAUGCGAUCAACAGUGUGCAUAGGCAGACAGGUGAACCCGACAAACUCUCAUGGCCAUGGAAUAGCUCUGGUACUUACACAACAAGCUCGACAUACAGGAUGCUAUGUCAGGGUAGGGUUCGAUUCGAGCUGGGUACGGAGAUCUGGAGCAGCAAAGCAACUCCAAAGGCCAAGCUGUUCAUGUGGCUUGCAGUUCAACAUAGAAUUUGGACUGCGGAUCGGCGAAUGAGACAUGGUUUGCAGCCACAAUCCUCGGCGUGCUAUGUCUGCUUGCAGGAAGAAGAUACGGCUGAGCACCUUUUGAUGCAAUGUGUGCUAGCCAGAGAGGUGUGGCACAAGUGCAGAGUCCUACUUGGUCUCCAGUUUGAGGCACCUCUAAGGGAUAGCACGGUGCAGCAAUGGUGGUCGGUGGAGAGAGGUAAGUUCAGAGAUAAGGAGCGCCAUUGGUUUGAUAGCUUGGUCUGUACCGCUGGACACGCGCUUUGGAAAAAUCGAAAUGCCUGGUGCUUCAACAAUGUACACCAACAGAGAUCUACGGACGAGCUUACGGCAUUGAUCCUUGACGAGUUCUACAAACUCAAGGCGGUGCACAGAUCUGGAGAUGGAGUGUUUGACAAUGGCUAGGAAAGUAGGCGUGUGUGUGUGUUUUUGGAGUGUGUUGAGUUCCCCUAGUUCUCUAUGUUCGCAUGGAAGAACUAACCUGUAAAUUUUCUCUCUGUCUACUAUAAAAGAAAGGUACGCGUUCGCGUACUCUCGAAAAAGUUUUUGUAUAUGAUUAAUAUUGAUUGAUUCCAUAAU